AUGUCUCACGAGGACUACGAGCAGACCAGCGCAUGGCUGGAGCAAGCCUCUCUCGGCCAUGAGAGCGCUGCCAGCCUCGUGGUGAAGAAGCUCAGGAGCGAGCCCGUUCUGGAAAGCUUCAUCUGUCGGAGGAUCCUGGAGUUGUACAGCACGCGGGAGGGCGAGGGGGACAGCAAGUCCUCGUGUUCGAAGGCUGCUCUAUCCCUUGUCCUGUCCGAGCUGUGCCGCAGCGCCAUCUCGUCCAGGAAGACUUUGAGCAACUUCACCCCCAUCCUCGUCUCCUGCGCUGCCGUCCGGCAAGCUUUCUGCCGGGACGUCCACUGGAGCUCUCGUGCCAUGUUGCUCUCGAGCUGGUCAAGCUGGGACUCUCAGAUGGUGCAGGAGCAGACGCGGAUGUUCGACGAGACGCUGAGCAGCAUCUUGAGGGACUCUGGGAGCUAUGCGCUCGACGGGACCGACGAGGGCAGGAGGUGGGAAGCGAGAGAGGCCGAGGGCUUCUGUGCAGAGACAGUCGUCGCCUGCAUCGAGUCGUUGAUCAAGGUAGGAGCUGCCCAUGUGAGCGCAGACAAGAUCGUCAUGCUCCGGGCGCUCAGGGUCAGACUGCUGAUGCUGGUGGGUACAUCUGAGACGGUAAGGGAGGGAGGGGAGGAAGACGUCAGCUGGUCGAGGUGGAGCCUUCAUAUCCGGGAAGCAACGUGCGACAGAGCCCUUGUGAUGGACUCCUGCAAGACCUUGGGAGGGCGGGAUGAGAGCUUGAAGCUGCAGUCGUCGCUCUCUCCGGAUGCACCUCAGGUUCCUCUCUCAGUCAUCCUGUGCGAGCUGCUGGAGGGGAGGCAGCAAGAUCCGAGUGGUCAGCGAGCAAGCGACUUGGUCUUCCUUCUCUGGUCGUCGAGCUCGUGGGCUGCUCAGUACUUGGGGUUCAGCUUCAUCAACAGCCUCAUCAAGUCCAGCAGAGAGAGGUUCCGUGACCGGCUGGGAGACGAGUCGUUCUUAAAGCUGGUCUUCAGAGACGUGAUGACGAGACGAGCUCGCGCGGGUGGUGAAAGGGAGGGGACUGAUCAGCGAGUUUGCAAACAUCUUGUCAAGAUGCUGAUGGGGAUGCUGAGACAGAUUCCUCCCCGGUUUUCUUCCUCUUCCGAUGACCUUGAGCUUGUCAGGACGAUCCUGUUCUUCUUCUUCGACGUACUGUUCAGCUUUUCAAACAUACAGAAGAUAGAAGAUGCCAUUGAUCUCGUCGAGAAGAGACUUGAAAGUGCUGACGAUGGUGAUGAUGAUGGCGGUGGUGAGGAGGAGGAAGCAGAGGGCGGGGAGGAGGAUUCGCGCUCUCAAGCAUGUUCUUAUCAGCUGUCCCAGACUAUUCGUCGACACCUGCUCGAGUUCCUCCUGCUGCAGUCCAGCAACGAUGAGAUGAACAUCGACAUCGGCAGCGAGCAGAAGCUGCGAGCUCUGUGCUUCAAGGUCUCCUCCGCAGAGAGGAACGCGCUCCUGCUGGGGUUCACCGUCCGACUGUGGAAGAGGCUGAGACGGGGGGCGAGCGAAGGAAAGGAGGUCGAUGUUGGCCAUCGCAUCUCCUGUAGACCGACACAGACGAGGUUGGUUGCGAUUGCGCUCUCAACAUUUGGAAGAUCGCAGAGACGCCAGGAGGAGGAGGGGGGGAAGCGGGAGAAACGAGUGGCGGCACAGGAGGAGGAGCAUGGGACAGGGAUAGUUGGCCUCUUGACGGCACUCAUAGGGAACGGGAUUCAUCAUCAUCAUCAUCAUCAUCAUCAUCAUCAUCAGCAUCAUCAGCAUCAUCAGCAUCAUCAUCAUCAUCAUCAGCAUCAUCAUCAGCAUCAUCAUCAUCAUCAGCAUCAGCGAUCAGCAUCAUCAGCAUCGCCAUGUGCGGCUGUGGAGGUCGGAAGUUGGUUGAGCUCGGCACUGGAGAGGCAGGGGAUGGGAGAUAAGAGAAUUUUCUCCUUCUCCGACUACCUGGGCUGGUUGAAGUCGAUGUUGAUGGGAGGGGCGGACCAGGUCGCGUCGAGCCUGGCAGAGUCUCUCAGCAGCGGGCUCGUUCCUGUCUCCUUCGACCUGAUGAGAAUGUGCAAGGAAGUGCUGAAGGGGAGAGGAAGGGAGGAGCUAGGGAGCCUGCGGAGGACGAUCUUGACUCUGACGAUGCAGCAGAAAGUGAAGAAGGUGGCGGAGGGGAGGAGAGGAGGGAAGCAUGGCAACUACCUGCAGCUCUUCGACGUGCUGCUCAAGAGGUUUGAUGAUGGAGAUGCUUGCAAAGGCUUCAUACCGAGUGUGCUGACCACGAGCGAGGCGUCUUGGAAGAAUUUCUUGCUGUACAUGGCAGACAUGACAGGAGAAAAGCUCUUCGACCUGCGGACCUCCGCUGGAAAGGACAGUGAGGGGGAGGGGAAGCAGGAGCAAGAGCAGGAGCAGGAGCAGGAGCAGGAGGAUCGGGACCAUGCUGAGAUGCGGAUGUUGACACGGAUGGACUUCGUUCGGUUCGUCAACGCCAUCGUCUUCUUCGAGCUUCCUCAUCACGAGAUCUUGAAGGAGCGGCUGCUUCCUCCUCCUCAAUCCCUCGUAGACAUGCUCUCCUCCUCUUCCUCGGCGGCAAGCAGGCAGGACAAGUUCGCUAUCGGUGUCAAGAUAGCUUCUUUCUUGUCAUCCAUGGCAGACACGACGAGCUGGUCCGGGAUGAUCUUUCAGUCAGCCGUAAAGUCCACCUGUCCCCCAAGCUCCACCUUCCAGCUGCUCCAGCGCUUCCAUACCGCCUUCUUUCCUCCAGCUGUCGAGCAGCAGUUCCGCCAGGCCUGCAUCGCCGCAAACUUUGACAGGAGGGUCUGUAUGCAGCUGACGGCCCUGCUGGGCUGCUUCAAACAUGUCAAGUACGACCGGCUCUUCUCUAUGGACGAGAUGCUCUCCUCCUCGCUCUGCGAUGCCCCGCGCUCUCCCUCCUUCUCCUCUCUCAUUCCCUUCAUCCUUCGUUCAGCCUUCGAGCGGUCGGGGGCCCUUGCAUGGGACAGCAGCGACAGGCUCCUCCUCCUCGGCGCGCGCCUCGUCUUCCUCAUCAGCAAGCAGCCGCUCGCUGCCCGUGAUGCCUGGCUGCCCCUCCUAGAGUUCAUGUGGGAGAACAUCCCUCGCGAGGAGGAGGGGAGGGGGAGGAAGAGGCUGCUGCAGGAGGAGGGGGAGGGAGUCACUGUCCUCUUGCUACAGGGAUGUCAGGCACUACAGCAGCUGCCGCACCUCCUCUCCUCCUGCUACCAGAAGUUCCCCAUGAGCGUGAGCUUGCUUGACUGGCUGCGAUGGGAGACAGAAUUUCUCAAGGAGAAGGAAGGGAAAAGGCAGCAGGAGGACUUGAGAAAGGCUGAAGAGGAGCAGGAGGAGCAGGAGCAGGUUCUUCACUACGCAAGCAUGAUAUGGGGAGUCUUCAUCCCUCUAGAGUUUGACGACCAGGUGGAGGCAUGCUUGCUGAAGCUUCUCGAGGCUUUCAAGGAUCCCCAGCUGGCUGCCAACAGAGCUCUCACCCUCCUCUUCCAGCAGGCAUGCCGGGCAGUGGCGAGCGAGGAGGACGAGAGCCGCAACCUCUGGUUGCUCAAUGCUCUCCUCAAGGACUGCGAGGAGCUGGAGGGCAGCUGGACUGAGCGCGUCCUCUCGCUCGUCCCCGAAGUCGCCUUCUGUCCCCUAAGGAACAGGACUGAUGUCAACCUGAAGCUCCUGGGCCGCAUCCUCCUCACCCGCUCCCCCCUCAUCUGGUCCUCCUCCUUCCUCACCAAGGUGGCAUGGUCGGUGACGCACUUCGCCUGCCAGAGGGAGGAGGAGGAGGAGGCUGCAGCUGUCCGGCGCUUCCUCCUCUCAUGGCUGGAGCUGACGAGCGAGUCCGGCUUGUCAGUUGGGGAGGGGCUGAGGAGAGAGGUGGGCAAAGGUUUUCUCUUCCUGCUGCGGGCACGAGGCCACCGGGCAGAGGCAGAGCUGCUUGAGCGCCUCCUCCUUGACUGCGCUGUACUUCAUUGCCCUGCUCCGCUCCUGCCGGACUUGCUGGAUGCUUCCAGCGUCGCAUGGAGACUCCGGCGGGGAGGAGAAGAGCAGCAGCUCCAUGUGGAGGAAGAGGAAGAGAAGGCUGGAGCGGCUUCAGGUGCUCGGGUAGGAGCUGGUCCAGACGUCGAGAUGGGCGAGGCAGGGAUAGAGGAAGGCAACAGAGACUUGCCAAAUGGACGGGGGAAGGAGGAGGAGGAGGAGGAGGAGGAGGAGGAGGAGGAGGAGGAGGAGGAGGAAGAUGGGGACGGAGAUACGAAGAAGUCUCGAAGAUUGAAGGACAGAGAGCAAGAUCACAGUCAAGCGGACUCAAGGUCUUCGCCGAGCAAGCGAGGUCGAGUCAAAUCUUUCAAGAGGCAAAGAAGAGGAGGAAAGAGCUGA